UUGACGCAUUUUCCGUCGAGAAGGUGGAGAACGAGGUUCGGUAUUCCUCCUGUCUCUCCUCAUUCCCUAUCUUUCUUUCGUUCGCUCGUUUCCUUUCGCGCACCCUCUUCCGCCUGGACCGCACUCGACUCGGCGGCAGAUUCAAUUUGCGCGCGUGCCACCCGGGACGAGAGAAUCUAUGAUUUGCCAGUGAUUUUCGUGGAUCAAGGACUGCCGUUUUUCGUAUUGCGAUUUAUUUGCGAAUCGCGGGAGCUUACGUCAGUGAUUUCUUCGAAGACGAACGACUCCUGCCUCUCAGAUAUGGCUCAGACUUAUAAUCAGAAGAGAAAUGUGUACAGCAUCGAUCAGAUAUUGGGUCACGCUAAGGACGAAGACCACGCGACGUCGUCUGACGCUGUGGUUGAUGGUGGCGAUACGGAGCUCGGUCACCUGAGCGAUCAUCAGAUCAACGACGCGCUGCACGAUCCCUUGAAUCUGGGUGAAUCCGACCGACCGCGCAAGGUGCGAAGAUCGCGAACGACUUUCACGACCUAUCAGCUGCACGAACUCGAGAAGGCCUUCGGGAAUACGCAGUACCCGGAUGUGUUUACCAGGGAGGAGCUGGCGAUGAGACUGGACCUAUCGGAAGCCAGAGUACAGGUGUGGUUUCAAAAUCGACGUGCAAAAUGGCGCAAGAAGGAAAAGGCCUUGGGCAGAGAUACGAGUUUCAUGCACGUCGAGCAAGGAGGUGUUAACGAGCUGUCUCUUCACGCGCGGCUGCUGCAAACGGCCAGCGGCGUUCCCGGCGCGGAUUCCUCGGGCCCGCCGACGGGCGCGUUUCCCUGGUUCAUACCUCCGGUAUUCCCGUCGCCCUGGCCACCGAGCGCGCCCAAGCUGCCGCCGUUGCACGCCCUCCUGUCGCAAUACAUCGGCCUGCCGUUGCCGCAGAACCUGGCGUCCCUCGGCACGAUGCUCCCGGUCGGCCUGAACCCGAGCUCGUCGCUGAACCACAGCAACGUGAACGGUCACUCCCUGGGCGGCCACUUGCACGGACACCCCCUGAAUCUCGGGGUGCAGAGCAUACCGCAGAACCUGAGCUCGAAGAACGACAGGGAGGAGGAUUCGGCGUCGUCCGACGACGAGAUCAGGAAGCAGAGCGCGGAAGUGCUGAGAGUGAAGGCGGAAGAGGCGCUACGCAAGGCGGACAAUUAACUGUGAGAGCUUACGGAUUUUUGUAAAUAAAAAGGAACCUUCUCGGUUCACCCGAAAGAGCCGUUUGAUACCAACGUAAAAUUUUCGCUCGGCCGUAAACACCCGCGAACCUAUAGUAUCCUGUAUGCGUCAGAAGUUUAUUUCGUUUGUCAGGCUGCAAAAGAGUAUGGAUUCGUGUCGUUCGUACAAUUCGGUAGGCACUUUACUACGCGAUGUAUCCCGGAAGGAAACGCUUUUGCCAAUGGGUUCUAAAGUUAAGAAAAAAUAAUAAUAAGAAAAAAAGACUCUCCGUCACAAGAUCUAUUAAAAUUAUUUUUGCAUUUUCUUUCGGGACGCUCUGUAGGACUUGGAUUCGAGUAGUAUGUAUUCCAGUAGAAAACAGACAACAUUUGAUACACAUUUGAAUAUUUGUUGUGACGUAUCGGUCGUAUUGUUAAUUUUGAACAUGUUCGAUCAGCAGCGUAGUCCAAUCGAUAGAUUGUUGAAUUUACACAACUUCAGCGCCAAUUAGAUAUUCGCGCAAGACGCAAUAAUAAGUUUACCAGUCAUUGAUCAAUAAUUAGUUGCUGACUGAAUACACGCGGCCUUUCGACCUAGAGUCAUAGAAACUCGAUUAUUGCAAAUCGGUUUAUUCAAAUAUGUUCUUAAAUAAAAAAACAAACUCACGGCAAACACAAAAAUAUUGGAUUUUGAAUAAUAUAAUAAUGUAACAGAGACUUUAAACGGAAUAACGAAUGUAGUUUCUCCUAUUCAGAAAUAUUCGGAAAUAUUCAGAAAUAUUCAACAAAACUAACAGAACAAUUUGUGUUACUUUUUAAU